AAAAUGUUGCCAUCAUCUACUAUCAUAUUAUCUCUACUAUGAAUUUCACCACCACCCCCCACCUUCCAUCAAUAUCUUAAACCAACCCAACACCCCCCACUCACCAAGAACUUUCCUUACUCUUCAUGCGCUCCUUCAAUAUUUUAUUCCAGCUUCUGUUUCCUUUGUGACUAAUCAUGACGCGGUUAUUUCGAUCUAAAUCUUGCACCACCACCGCAAAUAAUCAUGACUUGGGAUCUGCUUCAAUGUCUCAUACACCUUCUCAUUGCGUGACCAAUGAAGACGACGAAGAUGAAGACGAAGAGGAGUUUGAGUAUUUUUUCGAGAACCCUAUUACAACGCCCUUCAUUGGGCCGAAUCAUCAUCAUUAUGAGAAUGAAGAAGAGCAAAGGUCUCCCAAUAAUAAUCAGCUGCCGCAAAUAUUUUCCUCUGUGGCCUCGGCUCUGAGAAAGUCUUUGCUGGUCACGUGUAGCGCGGUGGAAACAGCACAGGAUGAUUUCUCCUCCUCGUCUUCGUCGAUGGAGAUUGGAUGUCCAACUGAUGCUCGCCACGUCUCUCACGUCACGUUUGAUAAGUUUAACGGGUGCUUCCUUGGUUUGCCACUUGAACUUCAGCCUCAGCUUCCGGGCAAAGUUCCCAGCGCAAGUGUCAGUGUGUUCGGGGUUUCUGCCAACUCAAUGCAAUGUUCUUAUGAUCAAAGUGGGAAUAGCGUACCAACUAUUCUACUUAUGAUGCAGAAGCGUUUGUAUUCAGAAGGGGGCCUUCAGGCAGAGGGAAUAUUUCGGAUUAAUGCAGAGAACACAGAGGAAGAAAACGUCAGAAACCAUCUAAACAAAGGAGUAGUACCGCGUGGAAUAGAUGUACAUUGUUUGGCAGGCUUAAUCAAGGCGUGGUUUAGAGAACUUCCUGCAGGAGUGCUUGAUUCUCUAACUGCAGAGCAGGUGAUGCAUUGCAACACCGAAGAUGAGUGCACACAACUUAUUGCACGACUUCCUCCAACAGAAGCUUCACUUCUUGACUGGGCAAUUAAUUUGAUGGCAGAUGUUGUACAGUAUGAAAUUCUGAACAAAAUGAAUGCGCGGAAUAUUGCAAUGGUUUUUGCACCCAACAUGACUCAGAUGGCAGAUCCUCUGACUGCACUGAUUCAUGCAGUUCAAGUGAUGAAUUUGCUAAAAACCCUGAUCAUGAAAACUCUUCGACAAAGAGGAGAUUAUAACACAAUAGUUGGGUUGCUUUCGUCGUGUGGUGAUUCACCUAGCAAGAACGUUGAAGGCCGCUUGUCGAGUUCAAAUAGGUCAGCAACAGAAUGUGACCACAAGGAGACUGGGGACACUAACAUGUUGCAAAGUUCGACUAUAGGCCGACUUGAAUCCGAAAGAGAGGAGAGACUAUGGACCUUCAACUGCAAAGAUGGAGAGGAAUCUGAUUACGGACCAUCUAUAUUAGCUACGAAAACGCCUGUUACAUGCAGCAGCAAAGACAGGAAAUGUAACAAUAGUCCAGAAGGUUAUGACAACAGGGGAACUGAAGGGAUACUAAGCAAACUAAGUUUUACAAGAGGAGUAAGAAGGCUAUACAGACACCCUCUGUUUCAACUGAAUAAGGCAGUUAAGAAGAGUGGAACCAUUGGAUUUGUAGAUACUACAGGAGAUGGUGAAAAAGUUUGGACAUAAGAUGCAUGAAGAUGUGUGAUUUUCUUUCCCAGUUCUAGUAGUCUGUAAUACUAAUAUUUUCGUUUUUUAGUAGUUCGUUUGGGAUUGUUGCUAAAAAGGUUUAGAUUUUUAGGUAGUAGGUGUGGAUGAUUUUUAGUUGCAUAAUUUGGGAGAGGCGAGUAACAUACGAGAUUGAAGUUUUUUUC